AUGGCACACUUGCGAAUGGAUCGAUUUAUCAACCAGUCAACGAUAGCGCGAACAGGGAAACCGAUUGAUCCGCUGACACUGGAUUUUUUAUGGUCCAUGAUUAAUGUGAUGAAUCCGAUAUCUGGCAUUGUUGGACAAAUGCUCGCGUACUUAAUAUGCGAUCGAAUUGGUCGUCGGUGGACAGCAAUCGUUUCAUGCCUAAUUGCCAUUCCUGGUACGCUCUCUCUAGUUCAUAUAAUACUUAUGUAA